CUCCACACCAGGAACCCAGCAAGCAAAAAGUCGGAUUUACCUCCAUCAUAAACAGAGAGAAAGACGCACACGCCAACGCAAAACGAAAGGGGGGAAUUCUUGAACGUUGUACUCCCUGCCGGUAGGGUGACAUUCGUUGGACCUUCUAGAAGGAAAGAAGACAAAGGCCAAAUCAAAUCAAAUCUCGAUAAACCGGAUUCCUAUCUUCUAAAAUCCUGCGCAGCUUCGAGCGCUUAAGCACCGAGGUAACUGUACCAUUUCAAAAAAAGAAGAGAUGGCUGCGCAUACCGAGAGCGCGCAGCUGGCCAGUCGGCUCGAUGGACUGGUCAUGGUCAUCCCGGACCUGCGCCGGAUGGUCAGCCACUGGCCGUCUGGGAAGAAUGUUCACGCCUCCGAGGUUGAGGGGUUGAUUUGCAAACUCCUUGAGCAGAGCGAUACGUCACCAAAAGACAAGGCCAACGUCCUGGAAGCGAACCCGGCUCUCCUGGCAUCAUGCCUCUGGCCCAACGCAGCAAGAGAGAGACUUGGCACCUUGACGCUCAUGGUGCUCUGGCAGGGCAGACUCGAUGACCACAUUGAGAGCCUCGAGUACAAAAGCGCGGAAAAUGCCAAGGACUUUCGAAAUAAGGCGAAGGACUACAUUGCGCAGUAUCUUCAGCUUUCUGAAGGGCCCAAGGAGGCGUCGACGAACCCCGUCAUUGCGGGUUUCCAGCCGGUUGCCAAAGUCAUUUGCCAGCAGUACGACCGAGAUCAGCGCAGGAGGUUGAGGGUCAGUUUAUUCGAGUACAUUGACUCGACGGUGCAAGAGAUGCGGUAUAUCCAGAACGGACACGCACCGACGACGUUGUCGUAUGAGAAGCUUCGCAAGAAGACAGGGGGCGCUGGCCCUCUGUGUGCCUUGGCAGAGUUCGCAUCUGGAUCAGAGUGGCCGGCGCACGUCGUCAAUACGCAGCCAUAUAAGAUGAUCCUGGAGUCGGUCAGCGUCAUCAUCGGCCUGACGAAUGACUUGCUCUCGCUGAACAAGGAGUUGCGAAAAGGCCGUACUCUCAACGCGGUGCCGGUGCGGUACUGGAACGGUAAAGACGGCAGUGACCUGGAGAGUGCCGUCGGAGAAGUCGUCGAAGAGAUUGACAAGGCCAUCAAGCAGCUUGACGUCUGCGAGCGGAGGUUGAUCAAUCAGAGCCAGGUGGAUGCGGAUGCGAUUCGGAAGGUAACUGCGACGCUCAAGACGAUUUGCACUGGCAACUUGACUUGGAGGUUUGUCCACCAAAUGCUGAUGGAAGCUUGAGGCAGGAGUUGAGGGCUCCCGAUUCAUGAGGUAGAGCGAAAUGGGUGGAACGGAGACGGCAAUGGACGAUGAUAAUGGAUGGUCAUGAGUGCUAGAAUAAUAGCUGGGCGGCAACGCCGCGAGUAGAACGCCCGUAAUGAUGAAUGAUACCCCCAAGGGCCCUAACCUCAUGGGUCAAUUGACAAACGGCCAAGUACUGAGUUCCAACGCGUGGGGUGCGGGUUGAUACCUUAAGUUGACAGCCCCCGGGC